AUAAAAUGAUAAAACGACGGCAUAUGGAAACGUUUUUUACUUUUCAUUCAAUUCGUAAACGACGACGUUUGGUAUCUGUCUUCGUUAAUCUUCCUCUGUAUCAACUGUCGGAGCUCAGCGACGGUGACUGGCAGUUGAAACGACUCUCUCUAUUUUUUCAAUUUCCAGAAAUGGCCGAUCGAGACCGCGACAGAGAGUGGGAUUUCUAUUUAAGAACCUUAUCGACCAGUACCAGGGAAUCCGACCCGGCUUCAGACCCGUCUCUUCUUCAUUCCGUGAAGAAGCUACACGAAUUGUGUAAAGCAGAGAAAAAUGAAGAUUUGGUAGCUAGGGUUUAUCCUCAGAUAAACAAGCUCUUCCAACGUUCUGUGGCUUCCCUCUCUCAGUCUCGAGCACCGAAUGGGCUUCUCUUGCUGGCCAUUCUUCAAUUUUACCUUGAUUUUGGAGAAGUGGUUCUACAUGAUGCUGAUCCCUCUCUAAGGACAUUCUUUCGGUCAUGUUUGAGCCGUGAAUUUGCAGAUCCUACUGUUGCUGAGGCAACCCUCAAUUUCCUAAACCUGAACAAGAAAAAGCUUUUGACUUCUUUUCUCACCUUACUGCCUCAGUUUUUCCCCUUGUUGCUAAAGCUGAUUGCAUGGCAUGGGAAAAAAUUAGAAAAAUCAUUUCUGAAGGUCUUUCCAGGAUUGGUGUCACCUGGGUCAUUUCUUCCACUAUUUCCAUCAUUGGUGGACCUGCCCAUUUUGGUGGUGGCUUUGGAAAAGGUGGAACGGAGUUCAGGAUCUCUUAUUGGAAGUGGCAUAGCUUCAAUCCAGAAGAGUACGGCUCCUGAGAUGCUACUUGCACUCAUGGAUGAAGCUUAUACUGGUUCAACCAUAGGAGAUGGAGGAGGAGACUCCGAAUCAGAGGAUAGCAGUACCAUAGAUGCAGCUGAUCCUCUGUUCCUUGAACUUCUAAAGGAUGAGAAUGAUGGGCUUGCGGAACGCCACUGGACUUCUCCUGGAAUGGCUGCAGCUAUACAGGCUGUAAUCAACACUCCUCAAUCUGACAGGCUAAAGCAAAUUCUAGACAUGACACCUAGGCUGCUUGAUUAUUAUUUUGCAAUAGGGUUGCGCGAUGUCAAUAACUCUUUAAUAUGUGCUUUGAUUCCCCUGCUUAUGUCAAGAAAUGCGACAAUGUUUCCAGACAAAAAAUUUUCUUAUGAGGUUCGUAAAAGGCUCCUAGAAUUCAUGCUUGCAACGUUUCAGCGUUCUCCAGAUUUUAUUGCACUAUUGAAGAAACCUAUAACUGACAGGCUUGGAGAAGCUUAUGAUAGCUCUGCAAAGAUGGAGUUGGCAUUACAAUUAUGUUGGGCAAUUGGGGAGUAUGGUGGAGGUGGUGGAUCUCACAAAGAUGCAGCACGUGAGCUUUUUGAGAGUUUGGAACUACUUUUAUAUGAAAACUUAUCAUCUAGUCGUCUAAGCUUAAGGCAGGAAUCCACUGUUGGCUCUGAUGGUGAAAACUUCAGGAAGUCAUCACAAUCAAGGCUUCUAUGUUUUGUUGUAACCGCUAUUGCAAAACUUGCUACAUAUCAUCGGGAACUAAUGCCAAGGGCACGUGUGGCCUUGGGAAAGGUAGCUCGAUCACGAAUAUCUGAUGCAAGGGUCUGGAAGCGUGCCCGUGAUUAUUUGGGUUUAAUGAGUGAAACUGCAAUUUGUUUGUCUGUUUUGGGGCCUUCACGACCUUCUGAUGGAGACGUGCAGGAUCCAGGCAUUGUCAACUGGGAUAAGGGUGGCACAAAAAUGACUGCGCAUGUCCCAUUUUAUAUUCUUGGUGAACAAGAAGGUCCACCCUUCCAUGAUUUCUCAUUUUCCGAUAUUCUUCCACGACGAUGAUGGCAGAUCGUUUUUUGGAUCGAAUUAAUGUCUAGUAUACUAUCAAUGCAUAUCCUUCAUACUUAUAUCAGCAUAUGCUUCUUUGUCAUGGAACAGAACAUUGUGGAACAUUGCUACUUAAUUUUUACCAUUUUUUAUUUCAACGACUGAAUUUCAGUAUCGACUCUUUCAUGUUGUAUUGUCUCUCCUGUUCUUGAUUUCAUGAGUUUUCUGAAUGAAUGUAAAUUCCGA